UAUGUCAUAAUACGAUAAUCCCAAUAAUUGUUUAGAUGGUUUUAUUGAAUAACUCAAUAAAUGCAAACCUUUAACAGAAAUGGAUGUUAAAUGGCUUUGUGAAAAAGCUAAGGAAAUCUUGUAAGAAGAGAGUAAUGUUUAACCAGUUAGAGCUCCAGUUACUAUUUGUGGUGAUGUUCAUGGAUAAUAUCAUGAUUUAAUGGAAUUAUUUAAAAUUGGAGGUAAAACUAAUGAUAAUAUUAUAAAGGUAAUGUACCUGAUACAAAUUAUCUUUUCUUGGGAGAUUACGUUGAUCGUGGUUAUUAUAGUGUAGAAACUGUAUCACUUCUUUUGGCUUUGAAAGUUAGAUAUAAAGUAUGAAUAACUUAAAUUCUAAAUAGGAUAGAAUAACUAUUUUAAGAGGCAAUCAUGAAUCUAGAUAAAUUACAUAAGUUUAUGGAUUCUAUGAAGAAUGUGUUAGAAAGUAUGGCAAUGCAAAUCCAUGGAAAUAUUUUACUGAUUUAUUUGAUUAUCUUCCAAUAACAGCAGUAGUUGAAAAUUCAGUAAUAAAUAUAUGCCUAUUAAACAAGAUAUUUGGUUUACAUGGAGGAUUAUCUCCUGAUGUAACUACUCUCGAUGAAAUAAGAAGAUUGGAUAGAAUAUAAGAAGUACCUCAUGAAGGUCCUUUAUGUGAUUUAUUAUGGAGUGAUCCUGAUGGUAUAUUUUUAUAAUUAUAUCAAAGAUCGAAAUGGAUUUAAUACUUCACCUAGAGGAGCUGGAUUUACUUUUGGAGUAGAUAUUUCUGAAAAAUAUAAUCAUACUAAUGGAUUAACUAUGAUUGCAAGAGCACAUCAAUUAGUUAUGGAAGGAUUUUAAGAAACUCAUGAUAAAAAUUGUGUUACAUUAUUCUCUGCUCCAAAUUAUUGUUAUAGAUGUGGAAAUUAAGCUGCCAUUCUAGAAGUAGAUGAACAUAUGAAUCAAAAUUAUUUACAAUUUGAUCCUGCUCCUAGAAGAGGAGAACCCCAUUUGACCAAAAAAACACCAGAUUAUUUCUUAUGA